GGCACUACCCGCAUCGGUCUGUGUAUGCCGAUCCGACUGGGAGGAGGUGGGGUCUUAACUACUGGUGGUCGUGGACUAGCUAGCCGACGUUUACGUGCGAACCGUGCAGAUCGUCAACCACGACUCUCACUCGCAUUGUAUAGGGGGAGGGAAAUCACGACGAGGAGAAACCCUUGGAGGAAUCCCCUGUCAGCGGCACCACUGUCACCACUAACUCCCUUCUUCGUUUUCCCGUCCUUUUCUGCCUGUGCUUCCCCGGUCGGACCCAACGACACGACCCUCCCUACCCCGGGAUCGAACCAGCACCACCACCACCGCCGCCGUCGUCAGCAUCACAGGCGGGGGUUGUGUGAUGAAGUCUCCCUGCAGCACAGCUUUGGUUAAGAUAAGAUAGUUUGGUUUCUUCGCUUUCAGUCUGGGACAAGUUAUCACCCUCGAACGCCUUCCAGCACAGAGAGUGUGAAGAGACGAGUCACAGAAGAAAACACAGCUACCUACAACUACUGGGACUGGAGGAGUCGCUGAUUAUCCAUGAGCUCCGAUUUCCCACACUACAGUUUCAGAAUGCCAAAUAUAGGGUUUCAGAACCUUCCUCUUAAUAUCUACAUCGUGGUGUUUGGGACAGCCAUUUUUGUCUUCAUCCUCAGCCUACUCUUCUGCUGCUACUUAAUACGGUUACGGCACCAGGCGCACAAAGAGCUAUAUGCAUACAAACAAGUCAUUCAGAAGGAAAAAGUCAAAGAACUAAACUUGCAUGAGAUAUGUGCAGUGUGCUUGGAGGAAUUCAAACAGAAAGAUGAGCUGGGGAUUUGUCCGUGCAAACAUGCCUUUCAUAGAAAGUGCCUCAUUAAGUGGUUGGAAGUGAGGAAAGUGUGCCCGCUGUGCAACAUGCCCGUCUUGCAGCUCGCCCAGCAGGCAGAGAGCACAGAUCCACCAGUGCCGAUACAGCAGCCUCUGCCCGGUAUCGAGAACCUGGUGUAGCAGAAGCAAAGCCUCUCAUACAGCCAGCACACUACAGACACAGGAACACAACACAUUCGACACUCAUGCUCUCACCUGUACAGGUACACAUUGGUGUGAGUCUGCAGACAGACCGAAGGACCUGGAGUUAACACACAGAUACUCACAAAACGUGUGAGUCUGCUACUCCCAUCACCUCUCUUAUCUGCAAUGGUUCACAAAAAGGAUUUCCUGAUAUCAGCUCUGACUGAUAAUCAAUGGACUUUAUGUUUUUUUCUUUUUAUGAACAAUGAAGAAAAGUUGAUCGAGAAGAAGUCUCCUCGACCAAGACUUUGGUCGAUACCGUUGUCACAACCAAAGCACUUUUCUGGGGACACCAGCUAAUGACCAGGAGGAAGAAAAAUAUAAAAGCCAAGAACUACAACACACUAAAAAAAUAUGAUUAGUUUUCUUAACAAGCACUUUACAAGAAGUCAAACCUUAAUCACUUGUGAUCGUAAUAGCAAGUUAUGUUUUAUAUUUUAUCUUAACUAUUAUUUCUGUGUAAAGUACAGAACCACAUGGGUUUUCAUUUUUAAUCUUUUUUUUAAACAAAAGAAGAUCUCAAAGGGACAACAAUACUAAUGUGAGUAGAUGUCAGGAAAUUUGGACAGUGCUUUGUGUUCUGAUUGCACACACACAUACACACUUUCGUAACAAAACUCAAAGAGAACCUCAAAACUUGAUGUCUGACUAAAUGUGAAUGGUUUGAAUGUGUUAAAACCAAGACUUUAAACACAGACACAACACUUUAUAUGAAGCCUAUACAGCUCGUUCCCUCAUCACCUGUUAUCUUAAAAUGUGACUGUUGUUUUUAUCCUUUUUAUUUUAUUCUGUCAACGCAGAAGGUUGAUGCAUUUUUUUUUUUGUUUUGUUUUUUUAUUAAAGAAAUCCUUCAGUGUAGGAGCACUAUUGGACAAGUGCAGGCUGUAUACUGUCAAGAAGGCAUGAUUAUGAUUUUUAUAUCACCAGAAAUUCUAUGUUUAACUGUGAGUUUCAAUCCAGUAUUAUUUCACCUGUUGCUUCAUCCAAAAACAUUUAACAGAACAAACAGGCUUAAUGAGGCUAUAGUAAACAAAAUUAUGACUGAUGUUUAGAAUUUUCUGCUUGAUUUAUACUUUAUGGAAGCUGAACUGUGUGAAUGUGAACAGCGGCUUGCGUCAGAUUUAUGCUCAGCGGCAGAUGUUGGAAUGUGACAAUGUUUAACUAGCAUCACAUAUCUCGCUAGAAAAUGUUUAAAAAUUUAUUCUAGGAAGAGAUAAGAAUGAAGCAGGCUUUUGCCUUCUCUGCUACUCAUACAGCCACACUUAGUUUUGCUUCACCCUAAUUGAUUGUUUCUAUUUAAUUCAUAUUUAUUGUUUUUUGUUUUUUUUUUUUCCUUUUUUUUUGGUACAGCUGCACAGAGUGAUUAUGUUGGCCCACACAGCAGAGUGACUGCUCGUGCAUAUCACCGCACUUUGUCAGCAUAUCUUUUGGACAGGAUACACACUACAUAUUAAACCCACACAUGCACACAGAGUACGCGCCCCCACCCCCCACCCCCCCCACUCUGCCAGAGUCGAUGGUCAGCAGGUUGAAAUGAAGCAGCAGUUUCAUUCAUAGACACACACAGGGCUGUUGAGCCUUUUGGUUGCAGUAUUCUGGUGCUUUCGCCCCUUUCCCUCUUUCAGUACGGUACAGGGUGCUUUUUGUUUUGCACCACACAUACAUACAGUUACUCUCACCCGUGCUUUUGCGGCUAAUUUCUGUCCUCAUAGCUGCAUUUUAUAAAUAUGUUGUGGGAGUUUAGCAAGGAGAAGCUAAAAGGCCAUGAUAAACAUACAGUGAGUUAAAGGUUGUCUCUUUUAAUCUGAUGUGUUGUCAAAGGAUAAUCAUAUGUUCUUUUUCAAGGCACAAUCUGUAAUAAAUAACAAUUCAAAUUUUACCCAGGUGUACCAUGCCUGGGUAAUAUUUAUUUCAAUGUAAUGCUGUAAAAAGUCAAUAUUACCUGUAGGAAAUGAACAACUAACCUUUUUGGAUUCUGAUUGGUAUAUAAAUAUGAGAAACACUGAUGUAGCUCAGUGUUUUUCUGCGUAAACACACAUAAAAUGCACAUUGGAAAUAUUACUGAUGGUGCGUUUUAAAGCACUAACUUUCUGGACGCUUUCGCGAACUGAAUUGCACAGGUUUAUUCAGUGACGAUGUGUUUUACCCCCGUGGCAGGGAAACAUUGUUACUCUGACCUCUGUGGUUUGGAUGUUCCAUCUUUGUGAAGCCUCCACCCACAGCCGUGACCUUAGCUGUGGGUCUGAGCGUCCGGCAAGGUGAAAGUGUCAGCUGGUAGAUGAGAGAUAGAGCCCUCCUGUGUGUCGGUUGUUAUCUGACGGUUUGCCUUUAAUGCCCCCUAGUCCAGUCCUCCUCUAUUAUCGUAUCAUUGUGCUACAGCGUACAAAGAAACUGUUACUCUUUU